CUUGUAAAUGAAUUUCUGUGUGUUUUGGUCACAUUAACCAAACAUAUUCGGUAAGUCCUUUGUUUUGUUUUUUGUUUUAGUUGGUUUGCAUUUCAUCCUCUGUCCAGUUUGAACAUUAUUAAGGCUAGGAGGCUUUCUUUAUCUCUGCUAGAUGGAUGGCUUUUUUCACCUUUAAUUUGUGUGUUGAGUAGUGAAUUUGGAUGGGAUUUCUUUGACAGGAGGAUUUAGGUAUCUGAAUACAUGGGGAAUAAAGUAAAAUGUCAUGCACAGUUGCUGUCAAGUCCUUUGUCCCUAAUUCCUGGCCAUUCUGACAGUAGGGAUUAAGAGCUGUAGUGAUGGAUUUGCAUGCAUGGCACUUGUGUUUUCCUUUACCAGGACUAAUGGAGAUCUGGCCAAGCUGAGUGAGUUGUUCAGCACCCUCAGCUCUGUGCUGGAAUACCGUGCUGUUGUUGUGGAGGCUUUUAGGGAGAGGAGGUGUUUCACAGUCAACGACAGCAUCCUCUCCAGCAGGGAGCUGCUGCUGCUGCUGCUGCUGCUGCACAAGUGGAGCCUUAUCAGCCAAGACCUGCAGCUGCAGGAGGACCUGCAGGCCCUGGCUCAGAAGGACCGAAAGAAAGAAUUGCUCAAAAAUAUUAAAGACAAGAACAAACCUCAAGCCUCAUCUUGUGUGUAUCGUCACACUCAGAAAAAGAAUGGGAUGGAAGAAGAUGACACUGCUGCAGACAUGAAAGUGUCUGAGCUGGAGAAAUGCAGAGAACAUCUGAAUUCCAUACUUGCCCACUGGGACCCUGUUUUCCCAGCACCACCCUCCACACAGGGAGGGGAGACCCUCAGAGCCGGUGAAUGGGGGGGUGAGGCAGUGGCUGUAACCUGUGCAUCCAUUCACGUUGUCACUAAGUGGCUGGUGAGGUCCCUGGCUGGGCAGAGUUCCCUGAGGGAGCAGGACGUGUCACCAGUGCUGAGGUGGCUGCGGAACCGUGUCCUACCACACCCGGCGGCUGUGCGGGAGAUGCUCAGGGAUGAGGCACUGAGGAACGGCCUCUUCAAGCUUUACACCCGGCUAUGCCAGGCGAGCAGCACCUCAGCUGGGCUCUCCAGGCAGCUCGGUGGGCUCAGUUCCAUCAUGCUGCAGCUGAUGGAGGAGCAGGGCCUGUCUAGCACCUUCCACGAGCUUGUGAAAUCUCUUUGUCCUUUUGCAAAGGCAAAAUAGUUCUCUGUCUGUCCUGUAUUUGUUAAAGUUGCUGCUAUAUUCCAUUCUUCUCUCUCUCGCUGCAUGGUUUCUGUGCUAAGCUGUGGUGGGGUACUGCUUGUGCGGGAAGCAGGAGCUGCUGUUAGCUGAGGCAGAAGAGUAGGAGGGGUGGAGCUUGUCGGCAGAGGCACCUGGGAAGAGCCUGCAUCUGCGGAAGGAUAUGUCGAAGCUUUGGCUGCAGCUGUAGAAUGUAAAUCCGGCAGAGGAAGGGACGCAGAGGGAUAUGCAUAGGAUGACGUGGAUUCAUGUUGUGGUGUUGCGAGCAGAGUCGUUGUGGGGUGGAGGGUGCAGUCGUGCAGGGGCUGCUGGUAGCUAUAAGUCUGGAGUUUCCAGAAGCUGCGAGGGAGGCGGAGUAGGGAGGACUAUUUGUGAUGAGGCUGUAACAGGAUCCGGCGGUGCGAAUGGAUAUGGUGGUAGAGUCGGAUAUAAGGAAGUGCUGGCGGCGGGGUUUGCUGGGGCUGUGCAGCCAGGACUGUGGGCUGUGGCGCUGUCAUGGGGGAGCACGGGGACGUCGGCUGGGCGUAGACUGCGGCAUGGGGCACGUGGGAAGCGAGAGGCUGCAUCAGGGGCGCGGCGGGGGUGGCGUGGGGCAUUUGGUCCGCGGGGAGCGCGAACUGCGCAUGUGCGGGGCGCGUGACGGGGUCAGCAUGCCGACCCAACAUGGCGGCCGCGUCCAACACGCGGCCAGAAGGGUCGGGCACGGAGGGCGCAGGGGAAACUGGGUCCGCGGCCACCGGGGGGAGACG